AUGUCGAACAGGGUAAAUAUGCGUCCAACAAGUAAAAAUAUCCUCUUAAAAGUCGUAAUAUUGGGUGAUGGAGGGGUCGGAAAGAGUUGUUUGAUGAAUAGAUUUGUUUCCAAUCAAUUUGACGAAAAUUCGUUCCAUACAAUAGGAGUGGAAUUUCUAAAUAAGGAUGUGGAAAUUGAUGGUGAAACAUACACGUUACAAAUAUGGGAUACCGCAGGCCAAGAAAGAUUUAAAACGCUGAGGACCCCGUUUUAUAGAGGUACAGACAUUUGUAUGUUAACAUACGCCGUUGACGAUAAGGCCAGUUUUAGAAAUUUAAACAUGUGGAAAAGCGAGUUUCUCUUCUACGCAGAUAUUAAAGAAAAUACCCAUUUCCCAUUCAUUGUUGUUGGCAAUAAGACGGACGUAUCCUGUGAAGAAAGGAAAGUGACGCAAAUGGAAAUGGAGAUGUGGUGUGAUGAAAAUGGUGUAGCUAGUUGUAUCGAAACGUCGGCUAAAAAUGCGAGUAAUGUGCAAGAGGCUUUUAAAUUAGCUAUCCGACAUUGGCUUAAGGCCGAGAGUAAAGGUGACAAAAAUGAAAGUUGCUAUGCUGCAGACACCGUCGACUUGAAUAAGAGGAGCUCUUUGAAUAGGAGCUCGUGCUGUAUGGGAAGUACAGAAGAAUGAUUACAUCAAACAUCUCUGGAUUUCACUUUCUUAACUGCUUCGAAUUUAAUUCGGUAUUUUAUAUAGUUCAAACUGAUUUCCGUUUGCUUUCGAUCCUGUCGUGGUACUUUUGUUUUUCCCUAGUUUGUCGGCAUACUUAUUUAUUUAUUUGAUUAGGUGUACAAGACAACAGGUAUAAUUACAAUCAUUUAUUAAAAACAAAUUGAAAGUAUAAUCUUCUGCUGAUGUUUAAAACCAGUGUGUAAGCCUGAAAUUAUGUAAUUUAUUGUAUUAUCUUUACAUACGUAUUGCAUUAUAGCAAGUAUGUAACAUUUAUGUAAGAAGUAUGACGGCGAUGACUAUUACAAUUUGAAUUUCUGUUUUGUUUUUAUUUUUAUGUAAUACCAUUUUGUGACAUUCCAAUUUGUUAUGGGUAUUUUAUAGUCGCACAAAAACGGGUUCAAUAUCUUUGUAACUUAAAUUUGAAUAAACACUAAUUUCAAUUAAAUAUCAAUUUUACUUUUUACCGCUAUAAAAGAAAAGGCAGUUUUCCUCUACCGAACAUGGAAAAUAUGUUUUAUUUGCUAAUAAAGUCUCACCAAACACGGUCAAAUAAUGCACACAUUAAUUACUUAAUAAUAAAAUUGAAAGUAUUGUUAAUUAUUAUGUACCUAUGUGUAAGUUUUAAUUUAUUUUUAUAAAUCCCAAUCAAUAAAUGCUUUGUACCAUUA